AUGGCGGCUGUCAACGACCUUCUCGCGCCGUUCAAACUCGAGAUUAGGGAUUUCGGAGACCGACGAAGAGAGAUUACGUACGAGCCCGGCGCUUGCGAGGGGACCAAAAUUGAACUCACAACAUUGUGGACGCGAAAGCGCUACUUCACUCACAAGAAUACAGUCUACAAGAAUGUAUAUCUGGAUGAGAACGUAAACGGACAAUUGCGGGUGGUCAAAGAGAUACUCCAUCAACCUGGCAGCGACCGGAACCGCUGCUCAGAGCUAGAAGCAGCAGCCAGAAUAGCCAGGGAUGUAGGGCCCGAGUACACCCGCCUGUUUGUGGAGUUCCAGGGCUGGUUUGAGAUCCGGAAUGGAGUCUCCCUCGUGCUGGAGUACUGUGCACUGGGUGAUAUCGACCAGUUCUUCCCGGAGCGCGUGCCAGAGAAUGUAGCACGAACGGUUGCGGGACAGCUACUCGAGGGGAUCUCUGUCUUGCACUGCCUUGGGAUUGCACAUCGGGAUAUCAAGCCCCAGAACGUCCUCGUGGCCCAAGCAGAUCCGAUUGUGGUCAAAAUUGCGGAUUUCGGAGUCAGCAAGUACACAGCUGACCGGAGCAUCCUAAGAAGCCGCGUAGGGACCCCGGAGUACAUGGCACCAGAGCUUCUGUUCGGCGUGGCAAAGGAGUCUGAUUACUCAAAUGCCGUGGAUAUUUGGUCGCUGGGGUCACUGCUGUAUUAUCUCUUAUCCAAGCAGCUUGCAUUCCCGGAGCUGCAAAUGCUCAAUGCAUUCUAUCAGGGCCACGUGCCCUUUCCAGAACCGCCUCUUUUCCAACUCGGGGUUGGAAGCUCUGGCCGGAGCUUCAUCCGGUCCUUGAUGUGUUCUGCGCCCGAAGAUCGCCCAAAUGCAUCCAAAGAUUUGCUAGAAAAGUGGGAGAUUCAGGCAGAUCAUCACCAGACGGUGGAGGAGUCAAUUCCGGGGAUAGACAAUACCGGAUUAGUUCGAGAGUCAGAAGGCCAAGCGAUGACAAGCAUCGACCACGUCUAUGUCCCAAGUAUCGCUGAAGUGCCAAUGGACUAUGUGACCUCAGAGCUCUUCGACAUCGCGGCAGGCCCCAAGGAAGACAUAAGGCGCACUCGAGGUCUUCUUGAAUCAAACGCCAACCCGAGUGCGAUGCGGAACGGACAUACGGCCCUCCACAAGGCAGCAAGGCAAGGCUUUACGGAUACAGUGCGACUUCUCCUCGGAUACGGGGCAGACACCUUGAUCAAGACGCAGCCUUAUGACGAGACAGCGCUGCACCUGGCCACUUAUCGCGGCGAUUCUGAUGCGUUUAUCGUCAUGUUGGACCUUCUUGCUGCCCACGGUGUGGACAUCAACGCCCAGGACGCAACGGGUAACACGGCGCUCCAUCUCGCCAUAGUCAGACUAAGCCGGGUCGAAGCGGUGGAGUUGUUGCUUGAGCGCGGUGCCCGUACUGACCUGCUUGGUAGGAGUGGGCUAACUCCGCUGCAGUACGCGAUAACAUUAGACAGGGAAACACACGCGAAAGAGUUACUUGACAGGGGCGCUGACCCGAACGUACCCAGUCCCGAUGGACGCAGGCCACUGCACCGGGCAAUCAUGUCCGGGCGGAUCUCGUUGCAGUUGAUCGAGCAGUUGGUCAUGAAGGGUGCCGAGGUCAAUGCGAUGGAUGACGAGGGAGUCCCGCCACUGCACGCAGCUAUCCGACAAGGCAGGUCAGACGUCGUGCGGUUCCUCGUGGAGAAGGGUGCCGACACCUCGCUGGGCUCAGCGACGAUGGAGAGACGCCUGAAGGGCAUGCUAGGCAAGCAAAGUCUGCCCUGGCCUCUGCGAAAAUAA